AUGCUAACUACACUCAUACAUGAAGAAUCUGUGGACCUCUUAAAAACAUAUGUAAGUAGAAAAUCAAUGCCAUAACAUUUGUCCAGAAUUACAGCCUAGUGUAACAUGCAUACAAUGAAAUCAUCCACAGUCUAAUGGGAAAUGUAGAACUGCUUUAAAGAUACAUUCCUGCCAAAUCAUAAGGCAUUAUACUCGUGCUACCAAUAUCUUCUACAAAUGUUAUGUUUUUCUUCAUUGAUCUCCAGAAGGCCAGUCAAGGAGACAUGUCAGAGCUGUUCUGCCAGAUGUCAAUCAACAUCGUUCCUGACCCAAACAUUUCUGGCAUGGACCCCUCAGAGCGGAUGCUGAGUAUCUACUCCCACUGUAAGGCUUUCCUACCACACCUGAAGAGAGUCACUGAGCAACAGACAGACUUACAGCCACCCUCCAGCCCCCUGCUGAACAAACUCACCACUGCCCUGAACCGCACCAGUGGUCUGGCCAGCCAAAUAAACUGCAUUUACCAAACCCUCUUUCCAAACCUGCCCAUCCCACCUGAACCUGUAGACGGACCGACGUCAAUACUGCCCUCCCAAAACGUGUUCCAACAGAAGGUCUAUGGUUGUGUGGUUCUGAAGAGUUUCAAGGAGCUCCUGUCACGGAUCACACAUGAACUAAGGACCUUAAAGAAACACAUGUGCACAAGUAGGACAUUUGCAGGCACAAAUACAAUGUUUUGA